UCGGGGCGCGAGCUUGACGGUGAUGCGCAGCGCGUGAAGCUACAGAGCAAGAAAAGACAUCUGAUCAGAAAUCAAAGAUCGAAGAUCAACAGCAGAACUAAAAGCUUGCACGCUGUGGAGGAGCAGGAAGGAGGGGCAGAAGAGUCCUGACUGAUCCAGUUUUAUUUCUGCAGAAACGUUCAGGUGACGUUUUUCAGUUACGUUGUUUCCUCCUCCAGAGGCCGCUGUGACCAUGACUCCCUCCGUCCCGCUCUCUGUGGUCGGCCUCCUCCUCCUCCUGACUCUGGCCUCCUCGGAGACCGUUGACUCUGCAGUAGAUCUGACUGGUAGGAACGCAGACUUCGGCGCCCGGCUGUACCGCGCUGUCUCCAGCCAGACUGACGACAACGUCUUCCUGUCCACGUUCACACUGUCCGCCGCAUUUCUGGCAUUGCUGAGCACCUCCGAGGGAGAAACCCGAGACCAGUUGCUGCAGGGACUCAGCCUGACGGGUCUGGACCCCCAGACAAUCCCAGACCUGUUUCAGAGUCUGAGGACCACAAUCGAACAGGGGCCCCUCACCAACACCAUGAGUCAGGGCGUGGCCGUCCUCCCCACCGUAGGCUCCCAGGUGUCCUCAUCCUACCUGGACCUGGUUCAGAACAAGUUCGGGGGCAACGCUCAGAAUUUGGCCUACACGGCGCCACAGGAGGCCGCAGACACCAUCAACCGAUGGGCCCAGGAACGGACAGGAGACCGGGUCCAGAACCUGGUGACCACCCUGGACCCCCAGACCCAGCUGCUGCUUGCCAGCGCCGCUGCCUUCAAAGUGCAGUUCAGGCCGUCCUUCAACGCGUCCUUCACUCAGGACGAGCGUUUCUACGUGGACAAAUAUCACGUCGUCAUGGUUCCCAUGAUGUUCAAGGCAGAUAAGUACUUCCUGGCAUAUGACAAGUCGCUGAAGGCUGGCGUGCUGCAGCUGCUGAUUGCGGGCGGGGCAGCCAUGUUGGUGGUUCUGCCAGAUGAAGACGUGGACAUCACGGCCGUGGAGGACAAGCUGACCGGAGACCAGAUCAAGACCUGGAUCACACAGCUGAAGAAGACGAAGUUGGAGGUGCAGCUUCCUCGCUUCCUGUUGGAGCGUUCCUACAUGCUGCGUGACGUCCUGCAGACUCUCAACUUCACGCAGGUGUUCCAGGACGGCGCUGACCUCAGCAACAUCAACGGAGACAAAGGACUCAAACUCACACAGGUGUAUCAUAAGUCUGUGGUGUCCGUCGAUGAGACCAGCGAUGACCUCACUGCAGGAGGCAGCGUGUUCUCCACUCUCCCUCCUCGGCUGACCAUCAACAGACCCUUCCUCUUCAUCAUCUACCAGCAGGCAAACGGGAACGUGCUGUCGAUGGGCCGAGUAAUCGACCCCUCCAAAAAAUAAAGCCCCGCCCCCUCAGCACCUGUUCCUGCAACUGUCAGAAUUAGCUUACCUCCCAACCCGAGACCCAGACCUCUGUUUACUAUACUCAGACUAACAUUUGUGUUCUCAGACGUUUCUGUGAUUUUGGUGUCAGCAGCUGUGAUUCCUGGUUCCUGAUCCGCUGAGGAUGAACCUGAAGAACUUAACUGAUCCUCUACGGUUCAGACCUUCAACCUCAGCUGCACUCUGUUCACUGAGCUCAUGUUAGCAUGCUAACACGCUGGGCUAACGUGGUAAAUUUCUUACCUGCUUAGCAUUGGCGCGUUAACAUAGCAUGCUAGCACGCUAGCAUGCUAGCACACUGGGCUAGCAUGGUAAACAAUUUACCUGCUUAGCAUUAGCAUGUUAGCAUGCUAACACACUGGGCUAACAUGGUAAUUCUUGCCUGCUUAGCAUUAGCAUGUUAGCAUUAGCUCAUAACUGUCGAAUUUUUCAAAUUUAAUGAAUCGUUUUUACUUUUCAGGCCAACAAAACAGAUGCUGGUUAAACUGGUGGUAAUUUACUGGUUUAACUGGUUGUAAUGCAGUGGUUGAACUGGUGGUUAUGUACUGGUCGAACUGAUCGUAACUGAGUGGUUGAACUUGUCGUGACUUACUGGUUAAACUGGUAACUUAACUGGUAAUGCACCAGUUGAACUCAUUGUCAUGUCCUGGUUGAACGUUUCAUAACGCACUGGUUUAACUGGUCAUGACAUACUGGUUGAACUGGUCGAUAUUUCGGGUAAAUUCUGUGAGCCUGGUGGAGACAGCUACUGAUGUAACCUCGUUUCUGUUAUUAAAACAGUUAACCCUUUGAAA